AUGAGAAAACAGUGCACGAGAGCGGUGGACUUCGUCACUGACUACCUGCAGGGAAUUUCGCAGUACCGCGUCUUUCCAGACAUUGAGCCGGGCUUCCUUCGGCCCCUCCUGCCUGCCGAGGUCCCACAGACGUCGGAAUCAUGGGAUAAGAUCUUCGAGGAUGUGGAGAACAUUCUGAUGCGCGGAGUAAUGUCCACUUCUGCAAUUACACAUGCCCUUUGCGUUACUAGAGAACGCUUUCCUACAUUUUUAUCAUCCAUUUUGUGGCAAUUUGAGUCACCCAUACGGUCUAUAUGAAUCGUUUUAAUGAUGUCUUUGCCUGGCAACGCUACUCUAAAGGUCUCAAGAUAUAAUCAGGAGUGCCGCCAGAAUUGCCUCAUGGCACAGGUUAGGAAGUGGAGCACUUUUAGGGGCGCUGUCGAUGUGAAAUUGUCCGGAAAGUAUGGCUUGUCCUUGUCGAAAGGCAAGAAGACAGAAUUUCCAUGGCUACCUUUACUGCAGUCGGAAGUGUCAAAGUAGCGACAUCGAUCGUCCAACCAUGCUAGAAGACGCCCAUGCAGCCGCGAUCGCAGGGUGUGAUCGUGUGUCUGAGCUACAUCUGCCUUUAGCCAAUAAGUUAAGAGCAAAAUAUCGAUCGGCGUCACGGUAUCGAUAUGCCGAAGUCUGUGUCAAACCCGCCCAAGCGAUUAACUGGGACUGUUUGGACCCGGUUGCUGUCACUAAGCUGAGUAAACUGCCAUAGGCCCGCACAAACACCACUGAAACUCUGGCGAAUAACUGAAACUGAAACGAUCAGUGCAGAAUUUUUAUUCCUUCUUAUGGGGUGCAUGAAAGUCAACUCCAUUCAGGAGAUAUUUCUCCCUCCCCUGCUCAUGCUUAUCCUACUUCUCACUUAAUCCGCGAGAGAGGCUGACUAAAGCUUUGGUGCAACCAGUUAUCGAUCGUCGUGAUCCACAGUUAUCUGCGUUACCCACGAGUCAAAAAAAUUUUUCUUGAAGAAUAGAUUAGCAUGAGUUCGGUUCGAAAGCUUCAACGUUAUCCCUUUUCUGAGCUGAAGAGGAGGAAAUAGACGCUUUUAUGAGAGAAUUGAUGAAACAUACAGUGAACGCUAAAAGACUCCGGUGAGCCCUCAAAUCAGUCCUUUGAAGAAAGUGUUAUUGAGACAAGGUUGCAUAAUUUUGGGCAUCUCUCAGGCGGCAUAGAAGACACCCAUUCCACUCCGAAUACUCUAAGCCACCUUUCACGACUUGCAAAUUCCUCUGUGCACCUCGCGUCUUUUUGAUAAUGCGUGUGGUGGAAAACGGCAUAUGGGUCAAUGAAGACUCCGCAGCUGAGAAAAUUUUAAGUUGCUAUGUUCAAGUACUUUCGUGCAAGUUUAACAGAUGCAUUUGUGGGACCUUUUAGCAGGACUCUCUAUAUUGUCCUGAAUGCAUACAUUGGAUCCUGAGAAAAUUCCUCAUUCGUUAUACGAUUUGUUUGUGGAUAAUAAGGUAAUGCGAGGUAACUUAGGAGAAAUUCGGUCGAUUUUUUACUCGCUUUCAUGCAUAGCCUUUAUCCAGGAAGUGUGGACUCACAACAAGUUAUCCUUUCCGACGCGAUAUCCUCGGCAUGGGGAAAAUAAAUGCUGAAUUUGGAAAUACUUCCCAGGCUGUGCUUCUGAUGUCUGUUAGUCAUGAGAAUUUGCCUUUCAGAAGACGAAGAUGCGAUCACUGGAACAAGAAAUUCCUCGGCCUGACGUUUCGGACUCUCACUCGAAUCCAUCAUCAUAGACAGUCGCAGAUAAAUGUAAUGGUGGCACAAGGAGUGCAGUAUUUAUAGAACGUGGCUGCCGUGGGAUCAUAUGCGCACUAUAAUUUAUAGCUUUCGCAAUCACCGCUGGGGGGUCGUAAUUGAUGUGAUGGUGGCUUGUCAGCCCGCGUCCGAGUCGUUAAUGUCCGUGAUUUAUUCAUCGUGUUGGAUGCAGGUAUGACGAUUGUUCGGCAAAUUGGCUCACUGUCACUGGGAUAAUUGUUCGUCCGCGCCCUCCCCACGCGACUGAUUCCCCUGCCCAGGGAAAAUCCCAGCACGAAAUACGGUAACAGCAACAGCAACCACCCGAUCAGUCACAAACGCAGUUGCGUAAGGGCGCUAUACCGGCGCGUUGAGACGCACUGCAGUGAAAUGGAAGACAAGGUUACUGAACUGCAAUAUCGUCGACGGGUAAUGAGAACCAAUGGUUACCCGCGCAACUUUGUCAAUCAGUGCAUACGAAAACGACACCAGAGACCAAAUGCAAACGGCCUCAAAUGUUGGCGGGCUCUUCCGUACGUGAAGAACGUCUCGGAGGCCGUCAGUCGUCUUCUCACUCCACUUGUUGUUGGGGUUGCACGCAGGCAGGAGCAACCAUAGGGCGCAUGUCAUGAGACCGAAAGACUCACUGCCACGGCAGGAAAAGUUUGGGGUCGUAUACCGGAUCUGGUGCAGUGGCGGACAAAGCAACUACGUCGGAGAAACUAGGAGAUUACUCUGGACAUGAAUUGCAGAGCAGCAACAGCAAUGAGGCGGGAAUACGCUAAUUCUUAGGUGGCGGCUCAUUCGACAGGACCCGGACAUAUUUUCAGGUUUCAAGAGGCCGAACUCCUCGCAAGGGGUGCCAACCGCGCGAGUCACAAUCUGCUAGGGUCAUGUUUCUCAGGCCCGCAAUCCAUCAGCAAGCGCAAUGACCUCCCACUACCAUAAUCAGUCCUGAGACAUUCCAUAAGGAAGGGUAAUCAGUCGCGUGGGGAGGGCGCGGGCGAGUUAUUAUCCCAGUGACAGUGAGCCAAUUUGCCGAACAAUCGUCACACCUGCAUCCAACACGAUGACGAAAUCAUGAACAUUCACGACUCGGACGCAGACUGACAAGCCGCCAUCACAUUAAUUACGACCUCCCCGCGGUGAUUGCGAGAGCUAUUAAUUAAAGUGCGCGUAUGAUCCCACGGCAGCCACGUUCUAUAAAUACUGCACUCCUUUUGCCACCAUUAACCUUAUUAGCGACUGUCUCUGAUGAUGGAUUCGAGUGAGAAUCCGAAACGUCAGGCGAGUAAAUUUCUUGUGAACUGCUGCCUAGAACUCGCUUGUUCUCUUCUGUCAGCAAUUUGUUUUUGCAUUCUUCCACAUGUUCGACGCAGGUGGUUCACUGGCAGCAUCCCAAUUUCUACGCUUACAUUGGCGUCGCAUACUCUUAUGCAGCCUUGUGUGCGGACAUCAUUUCCAGUGCGAUCGGUGGGGUGACCUUUACGUGGGUGAGAGCAUUUAAUUUUUCCUCUUUACCCUCAUGCCUUACUUGCCUACAAAAGCUAUAAUGUCUACGAAUAUUCACCUAAUACUCGCUAACCUUUGAAUAGGUAAGCUUAAGUUCGGAUCUGUGAAUGUUAGAACAGUCAGGUUGAGUCAUUUUUCUUCUUUAAAAAACAUUUUUAUCUGUUCGGUAGAUUAGAAGUUUUGUGAUGUCAAAGAGACGUCGUUGAACAUCCCAACUGUACUAUAAAGGCGCUGCUAAAUAUGCAUCAGCGUCUAGUCUUUUAAUGAAAGUUCUGGGCUGCUUUGUUAUUAAGCUUUUUUUAAUUUUAUACCUGCCGCUUACGAGUGUCUCCUCUUAGGAGGCGACAGAUUAUUCAGACGCUGAAUCCUUGUGGUCAGGCCGCUAGAUGGGUCACCAGGCCACCUCGUGUGUUGCGUGCGUUCAUGUGAAACCGCACUUUACCAACCCCCACUCACACCUGAGUUCUGCGGUUGAUAGUAAUGAAACGAAAUCGGUCGGAGUAAUUUCUGCAUGCAAUACUAACGUUUAUCCUCGGAAUGUCACUCAACGCUGAGAUCAGGGCUCGCAAACGUGGCCCAGCUGGGAAAUGGAGAAUUCCAUGCGCGUCCAAUACGAGGACGGUGGUAACAGGGAUUUUACGCGUAAGGCUACGAGAAGACACGGAAGGAUGUGCUAAACCUAUGGGGAAACGGGUGUAUUAAAGGUCCAUGUGCAAGGCUGUUUUAAUUGGUAGUAAAAUUUCAGCGGAUGCAGCGCAGAAUACAAAUAUUCGUAGUAAGUAAUCGCAAAAAAUCAACUUCAAUAAGGAUAAUGGUUAUUGGGCAGUCAAGGUCAUUAAAAAUGAACAGUCGAAGAAGUUGACCAAUCAGACGGAUGACCUAGGUGAGAGUUGUAGGAAAUGGGUACAAAAGAACCUACAAUUAAACGACCAUGUUGACACUAAAUAUGAAUACUAACUCCAAUCGCUAGCACUAAUCCUUACCCAAAUCCCUAACGAUAAAGCCAAACCGUACGUCUUAACUCUAAGCCCUAACCCUACGUCCUCAAUAUAACUUCAACCGUAACCCUAGGUCUUGACCCUAACCCCAAAUCCUAACCCUAACCCUAAGCCCUAGAAAAUAACCCUGAGCCUAAACCAUAAAACCUAUUCCUAGCUCUGAACCAUAGACUGCAACUUUAACCCUAAGCUGAACCCUAGCCCCAACCCUAAAUCUAACCAAAUCAACUAAAUGACUCCCACGUGUCGCUUAUUCACCAUCGCCCACGUCAUCCUUGACGCACAGAUAUGCGUGUUUUAAUUUUUUCCUCAGUGCUUUUAGAAAUUUAGUUAUGUUUUUUGCGCCAAAGCCACAGUUACUUCCCUGCCUUUUUAAAUGACAGAGCAUUGGCUUAUUGAAAAAUUCCACCAUAUAGGCUGUUCCGAAGGUUCUAGAUCUGUGAGAAAAUUUUCUCCUAUAAACCAGCUAAUUUCCUUGUUACAUACCUCCCUGAAUUCACCAUUUAAAAUGAUUUAAGUGACCUGAUGUUACGAUAGAUGGGAGUUAAUCAAUCAGCUUACGGGGCGUGCUCGUUCCGCUGUGCCAUGAGGCCCAAUAGGAAAGUGCCGACAAAGAGGUGGAUGGCCAUUUCUGAUCCACGAGCCGCCGUUAGCCAGCCAGACGACUGAUAAGCCACAAAUGAUCACUCCUGCUCUCUGGUUUUCAACGAAACUCCCUCCGUCCCUCAGAACGGAUUUGUCUAUUUACACUCCUUGAUGGGACAGCCAUUGAUUUUAGUCUGGCUCUUCACGAUUUUCAAUGCUCAACGUAAACGGAAGUAUCAAAAUAACAGGUUUUUAUAUUUUCAUCCUAUACCGUCGGCUAGAUAGACAAAUUUCGAACAUGCACAUCCAAACUAAUCAGUUAUUAAGUAAGUCAAACAGCCUGAUGUUUGCUGCUUUUCUGAAAAUAAACUCAUCAAGCAUUUCUAAAAAUUCCUCCUCUACGUAUUUUUCUUGUCUAUAUUUUACAUAAACGUGUGGACAGAAGGGAUUAACGAUAUAAUCACCGGGCAGGAUCCUUCCCUUUCUAACAGGCAUCUUCACCUGUGAGCACGGAACUGGAAGUCCUGAUGCUGGACUGGCUUGCGAAAUUGUUUGCCCUGCCAGAAUUCUAUCUCUCGCAUACAAAUGGCGGAGGCCUCAUUCAGGUAGGCAACCGCUUGAAUGUGCUAGCUCAUAGGAUGUUGACCGAAGCUCUGAAAUGUGUUCUCGAUUUAAGGAAUACUGUUUAAGUUGCAUUGUUACGUUAAUUGUCGUACGGAACAAUCCUCAGAUAGUUCGGUCAUGCCAGGAUUCUGCUUUUCGAAUGGGUCUCUUUACGACCGUCUGUAAAAACCACGCUCCGUAAAACACGACUACAUAAGCGGCAUGAAUUGUUCCCAUUGGUUUACGAUACCCUUAUAAAUUCAAACAUUAUGCAGAAAACAUGCCUGAAAAGGCAAAAGAUGGCAUCUUUUGGUCUUAAAACAGUUCCUUAUUAUGAGAUUUUUUGGACUGUUAAACGUACAACAUCGCAUCCGCACGUUUAGUAAUACUACUUAGAAAUUAUAUAACCUGGUCCAAAUUCAUUGCACAAAUUUACGAAACCUAUAUGACAUCUUCCAGACAGCAGAGAGAUGUGUGCGAUUCCCCUUUGGAAGAAUAAAUACAGCAUGUGAUUCGGAAAUCCUGAAUGCAAGUGUAAAGGCAAGCGCGGAGAGAAAAUAUUGGGGAAUUGGAAAGGUUUUUAAAAACCGAAAGAUAUUCGCUCUUCAAGUAGGAGAUUUUAAGAAGACGUGAUUUGCUACCAUAUAAGCACCGGAGAGAAUCGUUUUGUUUAUGUUUUCUAUGCAAGAUGUCUGCAUAUAUAAGGGCAUCGAAAAUAAAUGGCGAAAAUACAUGCUACUUAAGUAGCUCUUUUUACGAGGUGUAGCCAUGCCAACGGCCGAAAGGAAGAUCAUUCAAAAGUCGGCAUCGUGGCGCGACUGAAAGAGCUUAGGAUCAUGACGCAUGGUAAUUAAUAUUAGAAUACUACUUAAUUAAUCUUUCCGAAUUUAAAACAUGCUUCAGAAUUUCGAUUAAUAUUUCAUGGGGUAACACAUUUAAUGUAAGCCUGCAGCCGGUUUAACCUACAGUGACAGUCACCUGUCCACUGUUGAUACAAUUAUUAAUCGCGAUGUGGCCUAAGAGUGUCCUUCGAGUUCAUGAUGUUGGCAGUAUUACCUAACUUGUUCAGCUGUGUUGACCUAUAGGCGGGGUCCCGUACGCAUUGAGUCACGCAUGAAAUACCUUGUUGGUCUUCAGAGCUUUUGAUAUUUUCUUUAUGGUUCUUUGAUGUUACUCCCCUUCCUAUUCUUUCUCGCAUACUUCCUCUGCGUGUAAAAAAUGGUUAUUUCAAAGGUACACACCUACGUUUUCUCAGAUAAAGUGAAGUAAACUGAGAAGGACCAUAUGUGAAUCACAAGUGUAUCUUAUUUUUAGGCCGCCAACCUAUCGACUUCCCCCCCACGGUUCAUUAAUUAGUUCCGAAAUCAGCAUGAUUAUCAUUAAAUGGCUGACCAAUGAAGCGUUCGCUUCUCACACUGCUUGCAUUAUUCUAAACGAAUAUACUGGAGAUCGAAAAGCUGCGAGCUAUCCGCAUUCAAAAGAACCUAGAUGUAGAGAGUAAUAGGCCACCUACGAACUACGUUUAUUACCUACGACAGGAUAAAACUUUACAGUAAAUGCAAUAAUCUUGUCUGCCGUGUGCUUGUUCAACUUAAAAUUGUCCUUCUGUCCGACUAAUUACCAACGGGUAACGGUAAGACGCUCGAUAAGGAAAUUGUUAAUCGCCAAGCGGGCUUGUGGUGAAGCCACAAAUGAUUCUUUGCCUAUAAUAGGCUCGAAAUUCAGGAAAAAAUGGCUCAGAUUCCUAACAAGAUGCCUCCAAAUUAUCACAGGCAAGCGGCCUAUUUGGGAAAAAUAAUCGACAUUACACCAUCUUGCCAUUUCUGUCUUCGUCCACACAGUGAUUUCUGCUGAUGAUGAUCAGAAGCUAAUGUAUGGGGUGUUAAUUUUUCUAAAUUUUAGGCCACAUCAAGCGAGUGCACAUUCCUCGCUCUCCUGAAUGCUCGGAAUAUUGCCAUUGAGAAGUACCAAGCACGCAACCCUCGAGCUUCAAAAUUUGAAAUUAUGGAACGUCUGGUCGGCUACUGCUCGGAGGAGGUGAGCACUCCCAUCCAGACAAAGAUUGAAUCCGAUGACCUAAGGAUUUUCUUAGGUGUCCUUCAUAGCGGAUGCGUGACACUGGAAACCCCACUGACUUCUUUGGCAGGAAUAUGAAAGAACGGGCACUUGUCUUCCUUAAAGGCACACAUUUAAUGUCUUCAUGGGUUACCAUUAUGUAUUUUAACAUAUCAAGAAGCGCCGAUAAGACUUGUCUGUACUUAGGCGAAGGCUAAGGAUUAGGGUUUUGCUUGAGUUUUGGAACUCGUCUAGGACACACUUCCUCCUACCGAGCGACCUAGUAUGAUUUUCGUUGUAUUUUCCUGUUGGAAUAAUUUACCUGAAAUUUAAUUAACUAUCAAAGUAGAAUCGUUGUUUAUUCUGCUUAGAUUAUUUGUCAGUGAAAAGUUAAACUUGAUCAGUAACAAAUAGUGUAGUUUACGAUGUGCUCCUCCUUUUCAAGGCGCAUGUCUGCGUCGAAAGGGCGGGUCUCCUGGCACUUAUACGCAUUCGUUCGCUGCCCUGCAACGAGAAUUUUGAACUGGACGGUCAAACUCUUCAACAGGCCAUCGAGCAAGAUCUUGCUGACGGAUUGAUCCCCUUCUUUGUAAGCAGUUCUUCUGACUUAUACCAAAUUAAUCAGGUUUCUCAUGGAGGUUUUAGUUUAUCCCCAAAUAUCGGAAAUGUUUUUCGUUGUCCUGAGGGGGAGGGUGCAGUUGUAAUUUGCAAGCAAAGUUAAUUUAUAAUGAGACAGACGUUCGCUGCAUCCAAUUCACUUUCUUCUCUCAGGCCUACCACGGUCCGAUGACAAACCAAUGCCUGACAAGAUGAAGCGGCCAGUCCACGUGUGUUACCCAACUAACUGUCUAAACUCCACGUCCUUAACAAUGAUAUUUCGGAUUCCCCAUUGAUGAGAGAUGCUGGAUAUAAAACAAAGGAAGGAACCACUGCUGCUCGAUUCUUAUUUUAGGAGAAAAGUUACUUUAGGCAGAAUAGCAUUACCAACAAAGACUGGGAGCCUGGAAUGGCAAUUUCUGGCUUAUUAGUCAUCCUCAGCCAGUCAUACUCAGCCCCGAAGUGUGGAACACCCGAGCCUCCAACUCGCGACCUGUUGGUUUAGAUGUCCACGCCUCUACCCACCGGGCCACGAGCCCGUUGCCCUGUCGGUUUUCGAUCGGGAAUAUACAGUGGUAGGGGACGGUCACCGAUCGUUCAUACGGAACUCACUCGUUCCGUUGUGCCUUAUGGACUCUCUCUCGAGCCCAACCAGCAUCCGCACAGCGGCGCAUGAUAUUUAGACAGAAUAGCAUUACCGACAAAGACAAGGGAGACUGGAAUGACCAUUUCUGGCUUAUUAGCCGUCGUCAGCCAGCCAUACCCAAGCCCGAAGUGUGGAAUACCCGAGCCUCGAACUCGCGACCUAUUGGUUUAGAGGUCCACGCCUCUACCCACUGGGCCACGAGCCCGUUGCCCUUUACCCACCAUCUGACGGCCUUCUAAAUCCAGCAUUCCAUCACAUAUUCGGAUUUAAUGGGCGUUCCCUGAAUUUCCCAAUGUAUAGAACUGCCAUUCUCCUCUGUGACAGUUUUGAAAUAACGUCACAUCACAGAAACCUAGAUGCCUAUAGUAAGCUUAUUUAUGACAGUCAAAGUCGUUGCCUGUUGAUGUAUACAUCCCCAGUCCCAAAUCAGGAAGUGAGGCAUCUGUGAGUUCUUGUUUUGCCGAAAUCAACUAACCUGCCUGAUUGCUAGAAAAGGGGAUUUUCCAACCACAUCCAUCUGCUUGAUUUUUCUCCUUUCAGUGCACUGCAACCUUCGGCACCACUGGCACCUGCAGCUUCGACCGCGUGGCAGAACUGGGCCCAAUCUGUCAGAAGUAUGAUCUGUGGCUCCAUUUGGACGCUGCCUACGCUGGGGCGGCCCUAGCCUGUCCCGAGUUUCGCAAACUCAUGCCCGGCAUCGAAGUAAUGAGUUAA